UACUCACGUGCAAUCAGUUGAUUUUCCGCACGCCGCUAGUUAAACGUAGUUUUUGGUAUGGAUACAUCCAGAAACGGUGUCCGUGGAUCUUCCUUUAAGUACGGACCGGCUGUACGGAUUGGAAUCGCUGUCCUGGUGCUGCACACCGUCGGCUGGUUGGCCUGGAAGGCGUUGAACCAGGGAGCGGAGUCCAAGGAGGUGGCUGCGAAUGCCCACCAAGAAAAACUGCGAGCGGCAUUCGCGGAAAAGUGACAUAUCGGAAGUGAUAAGUCAAUUGUUGUUAAAAACAAACCACUGCAGACUGAUUCCAUUAGUGAAUACAAAAUAAUGUAGCUAAACAAGUUUUCGUGUUUGUUUUGAUAAGUCGAUUCCAAGCUUUCUGUGCAAAGCUUUUAUCAGAUAAUGAUUGUUUAUAAUGAAAUCAUUACGAACGAAAACAAGAAAAAGUUAUAAAAUAAUA